UCUAAAAUUUAUGCCUACCAAAUCACAAAUUAAAGUGAAAGCUUCUUGACAACAAUAAUUAACAUAAUAAUGUUCAUGUUAAUACAUAUUAUUGUCUCAAAACUAUUUCUGAUCUUAGCUCUUUCAUCACUUAUUUUUUCUGCAUCGCUAAUCAAUAGUGAUCCGGGGCAUACCCUUAUCAGAUCAUGGUGCUCGCCCGCCAAAUUCGGUACUGAUAUCUCUUACAAGAGCAAUCUCGAUUUGUUGCUCAAUUCCCUUCCAGCAAAGGCAGCCACAUCAGGUCAUAGCACUAAUACUGAAAACUAUUAUACAAAUACCUCGGCCUUAGGUGCAGGCAAUUCAGAGGUAAUCUAUGGCCUUUUCCUAUGUGGAGGAGAUACUACUUCUAAGGAUUGUAGCGGGUGUGUGUCUACGGCAACAGCCAACCUACCUUCGAACUGUCCGAAUGCCAAAAGUGCGGUAAUUUGUAUGAUAAGUGCAUGGUUCGAUACUCCAAUGAGUCUUUCAUUGGAAAUGUUGAUGGCUUAAAUUUGGUAUGGAAAAAUAACGAUGGAAAUGUUCAAGCCAUUAAAAGUUAUGUGAACGAGAGUAUGAAAUUGGGGUGCGAUAUUUUGAAGGACAUAGCGUCUCAAUUGGGUUCGGCGAAGAAUUAUUCUCGAUUGUUAUGGAAUGGGAAACAGAAGUACUAUUCGACUAAAAAUGUUUCGUUUAAUAAAUUUGUGAGAAUAAACACAAUGGCUCAAUGCACGCCUGAUCUUGCUCCUAAGGUUUGUGAGUUAUGUCUUCGAAUUGUUAUCGAUGAAAUGAGGUCGUGUUGCAAUGGAAGUCAAAGAGUUCGGAUGUUGAAUCCUAGCUGCAAUAUAAGGUGUGAAAUAUAUCAGACUAAGGCCUCAUUACUAUUAGUACCAACACCUUUGCCGGUUUCUCAAGAUGAUUUAAAGAGGAAGCGUAUUUUACUAUUGGUUAUCUUACCGAUAUUGGCAGCCAUAUCAAUUCUUUUGUGUUAUGGAAUUUGGAGUUGUUUGCUCAACCGGAAGGCAACGGAAACAGCUAAUGGUAAACUAUCUUUAGCAUGAC